UUUGCGCUUGUUUUUAGGGUUUCUUUCCCGCUUGUUAUUUUUCGGAACCAAGCACAGUAACAUGAACAAUGUCAAAAUCAAACAUACCAGACAAGACAACACCAACAACACCGAAAACCACAUGGGUUCUCCCUCGUGUAACAAAGAAUCUCCAUGAAGUUUACACCUUAGGUAGAAAACUGGGUCAAGGUCAAUUUGGGAUCACAUAUCACUGCACACACAACUCAACGGGUAGAACCUACGCUUGCAAAUCAAUCUCAAAGAAGAAGCUUUUGUGUAAAGAGGAUUAUGAUGAUGCUUGGAGAGAGAUUCAAAUAAUGCACCAUUUAUCCGAACAUCCAAAUGUUGUGAGGAUCCGUGAAACAUAUGAGGAUUCAUUUUUUGUUCAUUUGGUUAUGGAGCUUUGUGAAGGUGGGGAAUUGUUUGAUAGGAUUGUGCAGAAGGGUCAUUAUAGUGAGAGACAAGCUGCUAAGUUGAUUAAGACUAUUGUUGAGGUUGUUGAAGCUUGUCAUUCUCUUGGAGUUAUGCAUAGAGACCUUAAACCUGAGAAUUUUCUAUUUGAUUCUGUUGAUGAAGAUGCUGUUCUCAAAACUAUUGAUUUUGGGCUGUCUGUUUUUUAUAAGCCAGGUGAAAUCUUUAGUGAUAUUUCUGGAAGCCCAUACUAUGUUGCACCAGAGGUCUUGCACAAGAAGUAUGGAUCUGAAGCUGACGUGUGGAGUGCUGGCGUUAUUCUGUACAUCUUGUUAAGCGGGAGGCUUCCGUUUUGUGCCGACACCGAAAAUGGGAUCUUCCGACAGAUUUGCCGUGGAAGACUUAAUUUCCAGUCUGAGCCAUGGCCUGAGAUUUCAUACAGCGCCAAGGAUCUAAUCCGAAAGAUGCUUGAUAGGAAUCCAAGAACAAGGUUUACAGCUCACCAAGUGCUCUGUCACCCAUGGAUUGUCGAUGAUAACAUUGCACCAGAUAAACCCCUUGAUUCUGCUGUUCUAUCUCGUCUGAAGCAAUUCUCUGCAAUGAAUAAACUGAAAAAGAUGGCUUUACAUGUUAUUGCCAAGAGGCUUAACGAAGAAGAAAUUGGUGGUCUGAAAGAAUUAUUUAGGAUGCUUGACGCUGACAAUAGUGGAACCAUAACAUUGGAUGAGCUAAAAGAAGGCUUACAGCGAGUAGGAUCGGAACUUAUGGAGUCUGAAAUUAAGGAUCUUAUGGAUGCAGCAGACAUUGAUAAUAACGGGACACUUGACUAUGGUGAAUUCAUUGCUGCUACUGUCCACUUAAAUAAGCUGGAGAGAGAGGAAAAUCUAUUGUCAGCAUUCUCGUACUUUGACAAAGAUGGAAGUGGUUACAUAACCAUUGACGAGAUACAGGCAGCUUGUAAGGAGUUUGGUUUGGACGAUGUCCAUAUUGAUGAAAUGGUCAAGGAAAUUGAUCAAGAUAAUGAUGGACAAAUAGACUAUGGAGAGUUUGCUGCCAUGAUGAGAAAGGGCAAUGGAGGGAUCGGAAGGCGAACCAUGUCAAGCACACUCGAUUCCAGGGAUGCUCUAGAAAUCAUAGGCAAUGGGUCCAAUUAAGUUAUUUUACCUUAAUUAUUUGCUGAUGAACAUUUUGGAUGAGGAAAAAACGUCGGCAACUUUAAACAUUAUCAGUACUACUGAUUUAGUAGUCUGACAAAAAAUUGCCUUUUGUGAAUAGACCCAUUGUUCUAAACUGUCGUUCAUGACACAAACCAAUUCUGACAUCUGCAUAGUUUAUAAAAAGGAUGAGAUUUGCAAGAA